AUGGCUACCAAGCAAUCUCUUUUCCCAAGGUACACUCGAGUAGAUGACUUCGGUCCCGACGAGGACUAUGAGGACGGAGAAGAAACCUCCUACGUAACCCUUGACCUCGGCGGCACUGAACCAACACUGGUGCCAAAUUCGUCGAGUUACAGAUUGAUUGGUCUGGACACGCCGACACCAUAUCUUCAAUUGUCGGGCACAAUCCUCAAAGGCAUACACGACAACCUGCUUGGAACAGAACUUUUGUUCGCAAACAGUGAAUGUGAGUCACCGUCCAACAGCACCAUCUCGCACCUCGCCAACACGUCUCAGCGCAUAUCCUUCCGCGCUGUUCAGCUACGCAAAAAAGACGCGACUCCCGCACCAACCAAACGCAAGGGAAAAGGUCGCGGCGAGGGUGUGAUUGACCUCACCGACAAUCGUGUCGUCGAACGCAUGACUGGCAAGCUCCCGAAAGAGCGCCGCAAACGAGGACCGAAGAAGAAGGGUGACGAUGCGAAUGAGGAUGAGGUGGCUGAGGCGGAAGGAGGCGAUGGGGAUGGCGCGGAGCCUUCUGCCUCGCAGCCUAAGAGAAGAGCACCUGCCAGGAGAGCGUCUACGAGGACGAGCAAGGGGAAGGGGAAGGCAAGGGCAGAGGAAAGUGACAGCGAUGACGACGACGAGUGGGUAGGAGAUGAUUGA